UGUCAUUCAUGGCACUCAAAACUCGUGACUAGCGCCGCCGGCGUCCUAUCCCGUAUCUGGUACUCAAGACUGUGACUGUGUAGAUGCCACGAGGAUCAAGAGGAAGUCAAGAUUGCUUGCCCCUCUUCCCUCGCCAAAACCUCCCGGCAUCCAGCUACUUUGUGAUUCUGCUCCCACUCUUCAUCAUCGCGCCUUGGCGAAAGUGUCCAGUCCACCCUUUUCAACAAUCUUCGAGCACCUUCUUGACUGUAUUCGCGAUCUGGAGUCACCAUGGACGCGCUAGACGGAGACUCGGAUCUCUCCGACUUGUCCGAUGCUCCUUCCGCCUCCAAGUCUCCCUUGCAAGGCUCUGGCAAGCUCAACACAUCGCCAGCCAAGACCCUGUCCAAGGCGCAACCAAGCAGAGCAACUAAGGCUGUCCCUGCUUCUACAUCUGCCGCUUCAGCAUCUGCCUUGACUUCUGCAUCCGCAUCCGCAUCGCCCGAGCAUGGUCGACGUAAAAGUCUAAGAGUGUCGGUGGAUAGGGAAAAGGAGGCGACGGCUGCACUCUCCUCUCCAAGCAAGCCGGUCACGUACGGCAGGAACAAAGCCAGUCGACCCAGCAGGGUCAGUGUGAGGGGCAAUGCGACACAGCCGGCCGAAGUGCCUGUGCCCCUUGACGCUCGCGACGCGGAGAGAGACGGGAGCGCUGAGCAACCAGCAGUGGAGAGGAGAAGGAGAAGCUCCGGUCGUAUGUCUGCGCAAGAUCUUCUUGGUGACAAUCCGCCUGGGUCCAAGUCGGACGCGAAAGGCAAAACGACGAGCACGCCAUCUAGGAGCAGCGCAAGGAAGAGCAAGCUGCAAGUGGAUGUGCGGAAGGAUGAGGAGAAGGAAGUUGCGCAGAGCAUGGACAGCGCAUCGCUCGAGGAUCGGAAUAGACUCAGCCCUCCUCUCACGCCUGGUCCUCCCGCUACGCCAGGCAUGCCCGAUCAAGCUCCUUCACGCUCCACAUCUGCCAAUUUUGCAGGCCCUGAAUCCACAGAACAUGCGGAACCAGUCAGCGUGUCCCAACGCAAGAUCAAGCUCAAAAAGGGUCGUACGAGCACGGCCGAUGCGGUGGACGGUGCCGUCAAGUCAUCGAAGCCCAUAGCUGAAGUCGAAGCUACAGAGACUUCGGCUGGAGUGUUGGCGCGCGACACACAGAUGGACGACGCGCCGAGAAGUGCAAGAGGAAGAAGAAUAAAUGCUGGCAAGAACUUCGUGCUGGAUAAGCAGAGGGCGUCUGAUACUGCUUCUGCGCGCCUUUCUGCUGUGGGAAGAAGAGACUCGGCGGGUGGAAGCGCAAAGAAGAAGAGCGCAGCGAGGGAGACUGACAGGGAAUCUCCUUUGAGAGAGGCGGAUGGAACUGCAGAGCAGGAGAAGCGCAAGUUUAAGAUCAAGCUCAUCAGGAAGAACAAGGUCGGAGAGAAUGGCGCUGUUUCAGAAGGCGGACAGAAUACCUCGGCGUCAAUGUCCGCCUCUCCUCUGAGCGACUUGUCUGAUGCGGAAGCCAAAAGCGGAGCUUCUGAAGAGGAAGACGAAGGUCCAAUGGUGUCCAAACGGCGAUCGCGAUCGAGUCUCGUCACUGGCAGACCAACUCAACGUGGCGCUCUCGUCUCCAGCGUAGAUGCAGAGGCUCCUGCCAUUCAAUCAAAAGUAGCGUCAAAGAAAAAGAAGAAAAAGGUAGUAGAUUCCGAUUCGGAUGGUGGGGAUUAUCAGGAUGAAGAGGCGCGCCAUGAGGGGAUUGAUUUGGAGAUGGGUGUGGAAGAGUCGGAUGAAGAGGAUGCGUACGAAGAAGAAAGGGUGCCUGCGAAGCGCAAGAAAGCAAACAGAGAAGAAGCUCGACGCGGGCCUACUGGGCGAGGCGCAGCUCCUAGCGCGAGUAAGAAAAAGAGGGUAGAGUCGCUCUUUUCGGAGGAGGAAGGCGAAGAGAAAAAGCCUAGCAAGAGAGAGGUGGAGCAGGGGAUGAAAAAGAAGAAGAGCAUGAGCGGCUUGAAAGCCCCGUUGAACAAUUCUGCCGUAUCUACACCUACUUCGCACGGGGCUGGUGCUUCUAGGACUAGCACGACUGCACCAGGCGUGCUCCCUUUGCCUCGCAAAGCAGGCGGCCACCUAACGCAAUCGAUAGCCAGCGCAUCCAGCACCCACGCGCCCACCUCCAACGCCUCGACCUCUACAGCGAUAAAAAAGCCCUCGCUGCCAGCUCCGAGAAAAAGCGGAGGAAUGGCAGCCUUUUCAAACAUUUUUGGCGGGCUUCCUACGCAAGGCGGAACGAGUGCGAGCGGAACUCCCAAUAAGAGCAGCGCUGCCUCCAAUCAGGCCAACAAAGAUUCUUCGGCAUUGACUGGACAGAGAAAAGACCAAGCGGCGGCGGCGGCGGCGCAGAGAAGGAAUGGGCAGAACGAAGAGAGGAAAGCAGGGACUGGCACGACUAGUAUGAGUGGUUUGCCCAAACCGCUCGGCUUUGGAAGCUCUGCUACGACUUCAGUCUCGGGUGGUGCUGCGCUUGGUAUGAGGUCAAAUCAUCGAAUGGGCUUGGGCGGCAGACAAGCGACUAGUUGGGGAGCUAAUGGAGAACAUUUGACCGAGGCUAUGAUCAGUCAGCGAAGAACUGAAGAGGUCCACAGGAACGCGAAUCCUCAGGUGAGUGCGGGGCGGACGAGUCGAUCAGCGAUGCGUGCGGGAAAUAGAGGAAUCUCAAGGAUCAGCAUUACUAGGUAUCCGCGCUGGGCCAGUUGUGCUCCUUGAAUCAUAUCGGGGGCUCAUGCGCAAAUGUUCAUCUU